GGCAACCCCACGCGGCGGGUGGACGGGGAGCGCGCUGCCCGGCUGGGCCGUAGCCGGAAGUGACGCGACUUCACCUGCCGAGCGAGGGCGGGGGAGCAGAGGUGCCGCCGCUGCGAGCCAGUCGGGAGCGCGCGAGGCGCAAGGAGACCUGGACCCCGGGUGAAAGCCGCCUACCUGCAGCCGCCGCCCACGGCUCGGCCGCCACCAUGGCGCUUCUCUUGCCCUUCGUGCUCCUGUGCGGACUCGCGGAUUUCACCAGAAGUUUAACUAUAACUACUGCUGACCAGAUGAUUGAAAAAGCCAAGGGGGAAACUGCCUAUUUGCCAUGCAAAUUCACCCUUAGUCCAGAAGACCAGGGACCACUGGACAUCGAGUGGCUGCUGUCACCAGCUGAUAAUCAGAAGGUGGAUCAAGUGAUUAUUUUAUAUUCUGGAGACAAAAUUUAUGAUGACUACUAUCCAGAUCUGAAAGGACGAGUACAUUUUACAAGUAAUGAUCUCAAAUCUGGUGAUGCAUCAAUAAAUGUAACAAAUUUGCAGUUAUCAGAUAUUGGCACAUAUCAGUGCAAAGUGAAAAAAGCUCCUGGUGUUGGAAAUAAGAAGAUUCAGCUGACAGUUCUUGUUAAGCCUUCGGGUACAAAAUGUUACGUAGAUGGAUCAGAAGAAAUCGGAAAUGACUUUAAACUAAAAUGUGAGCCACAAGAAGGUUCACUUCCAUUACGAUAUGAAUGGCAAAAAUUGUCUGACUCUCAGAAGAUGCCUACUGCAUGGUUAGCAGAAAUGACUUCAUCUGUUAUAUCUGUAAAAAAUGCCUCUACUGAGUAUUCUGGGACAUACAGUUGUACAGUCCAAAACAGAGUGGGCACUGACCAGUGCCAGCUGCGCCUGGCCGUUGUGCCUCCUUCAAAUAGAGCUGCAACAAUUGCAGGAGCUAUUAUAGGAACUUUGCUUGCUCUAGUGCUCAUUGGUCUAAUUAUCUUUUGCUGCCAUAAAAAGCGCAGAGAAGAAAAAUAUGAAAAGGAAGUUCAUCAUGAUAUCAGGGAAGACGUGCCCCCUCCAAAGAGCCGAACAUCCACUGCCAGGAGCUACAUAGGCAGCAAUCAUUCAUCCCUGGGAUCCAUGUCUCCUUCCAACAUGGAAGGCUAUUCCAAGACUCAGUAUAACCAAGUACCAAGUGAAGACUUUGAACAUGCUCCUCAGAGCCCGACUCUCCCGCCCACUAAGGUAGCUGCCCCUAAUCUCAGUAGAAUGGGAGCGGUGCCUGUGAUGAUCCCAGCCCAGAGCAAGGACGGGUCCAUAGUAUAGAGCCUCAGUACCUUCACCUGUGCUCUCCAUGCUUCUUCUCUUGAAAUAAUGAACACCUAUUCUCUUCUAAAUUUUGUUACCAUCCUCAAAAGGUACCAAAAAGAAGUUAAUCAGAAACCAUAAGAUGUUUACUUCAAAAACUUUUGUUUGGUUAUAUUGAAAUAGUAAGGCAUUAAAGUUACUAAAGGUAAAUACACUGUCCAAAAAAGAUGGAUUUUCUGUAAGAGGUUGA